GGUUGCUAUGAGGGUGCUCGUGGGUGGCGGGACGGGCUUCAUUGGGACAGCCCUCACCCAGCUGCUGAAAGCCAGAGGCCACGAAGUGACACUGGUCUCCCGAAAGCCCGGGCCGGGCCGGAUCACGUGGGAUGAGCUGGCUACGUCGGGGCUGCCCCGCUGCGAUGCCGCCGUCAACCUGGCUGGAGAGAACAUCCUUAACCCUCUCCGAAGGUGGAAUGAAGCCUUCCAAAAAGAGGUUCUCAGCAGCCGCUUGGAGACCACCCAGCUGCUGGCUAGAGCCAUCAGCAAGGCCCCACAACCCCUCGGAGCCUGGGUCUUAGUCACAGGUGUAGCUUACUACCAGCCCAGCCUGACUGCUGAGUAUGAUGAGGACAGCCCAGGAGGGGAUUUUGACUUUUUCUCCAACCUUGUAACCAAAUGGGAAGCUGCAGCCAGGCUUCCUGGAGAUUCUACACGCCAGGUGGUGGUGCGCUCUGGGGUUGUGCUGGGCCGUGGGGGUGGUGCCAUUGGUCAUAUGCUGCUGCCCUUCCGCCUGGGCCUGGGGGGCCCCAUCGGCUCCGGCCAACAAUUCUUCCCCUGGAUUCAUAUUGGGGACCUGGCAGGGAUCCUGGCCCAUGCCCUUGAAGCAAGCCACGUGCAGGGUGUCCUCAAUGGAGUGUCUCCAGCCUCUACCACUACAAAUGCUGAGUUUGCUCAGGCCUUGGGCACAGCCCUAGGCCGCCCAGCCUUCAUCCCUCUCCCUAGCACUGUUGUGCAAGCUGUCUUUGGAAGAGAACGUGCCAUCAUGCUGCUGGAGGGCCAGAAGGUGGUCCCACGGCGGACACUGGCCACUGGCUACCAAUACUCCUUCCCAGAGCUGGGGGCCGCCUUGAAAGAAAUCAUAGCCUAAGUGGGGAGGUUCAUGGCAGGGCCUAAGGCCUGUCCCUCUCAACAGAAGCUUCCCAGUUAGAGACUGUGAAUAGGAUCAGGUACUCCUUUACCUGAGAUGUGGAACCACCCAGUUUUAGGGAUUCCUCUCCCUGUCCUCUUAUUAUUCUGUUGCUGCAUUUUAUUUAAUUGACUGUCCACUGUUUGAAGGUUGCAAUUUCAUCAAGUUGGGACCUUAACCUCUUCAACUCCUGUAAAAGAAUUUCCAAGUUUAGUUUCCUUGUAUGUCCCAUUCCUGCCCCAUUUCUCUUUUGCUGUAUAGUGAAUGCUCUAUAGUUAAGACAAUAAAGAUAAAUUAUCUCA